AAUAAUACCAAGACCCUACCACGCAAAGACGACGUGCUCGCUACCCUCCCCCACCUCCUCCCCAAGCCCAAGUCGCCUGCCCGGUUAGCAAGGAAGCAGGCAGGCAGCCAGGAAACUAGCAGGGAUAUUUGGUGGCGCGGGCGGUGUGAGCCAGCAGCGAGCAGCCAGCGACAGCAGCCGACCCGGCGCCGGCAGCGAGGGGGCCAGCGAGCCACCUGCCCUCCAUCUGGAACCCCGCGCGGGUCUUCGCCGGCCGCGGCCGGUGCGACGACGAGUCGGCACGCGCCGUUUCCCGCCCGCCCCCGGCCUCCCACCAUCCUGCGGGCCUCGCGCGGGGGAUGAUGAUUCCUAGGGAACCUCUGCGGCCGGAGCCCCCGUCCGACUCCUGAUCCCGAACCCCCCGCCGAUCGUAGCGGCGUCUCCGCUGCAGUGUCCAGACUAGAAGAUGGAGACUCCUCAAAUCGAGAUGGGUGGUUUCAAGGUCAACAGCCCGCAAGUGCCCAACGGUGGGCUACGGCCGACCAUGGGUGGGUCCUGGAACUCGCGGGGGACAAUCGAGAGGACGCUCAGGAGCAUCAAGAUCGUCAUUUUCACCUCCAAGCUCAACUUGCUGAUGCCAUUCGGGCCUGCGUCCAUCAUUCUCCACUUCACUUCUAGGAGGCAUGGAUUGAUUUUCCUUUUCAGCAUGCUAGGAAUAACACCAUUAGCAGAGCGUUUGGGAUAUGCAACUGAGCAGCUUGCAGUAUACACUGGUCCAACAGUUGGUGGCCUUCUGAAUGCUACAUUUGGAAAUGCAACUGAAAUGAUCAUCGCAAUAUAUGCUUUGAAAAAUGGAAUGAUUCGAGUAGUGCAGCAGUCGCUAUUGGGUUCCAUAUUAUCAAAUAUGCUGUUAGUUUUGGGAUGUGCUUUCUUUGCUGGUGGUAUAAUUCAUCGUAAUAAAGACCAAGUCUUCAGUAAGGCAACUGCAGUUGUCAACUCAGGUUUACUGUUGAUGGCUGUUAUGGGAUUGAUGUUUCCCGCUGUCCUUCACUUCACACAUUCAGAAGUGCGCCAAGGAGCGUCUGAGGUUGCUCUUUCAAGGUUCAGUAGUUGCAUUAUGCUCGUGGCAUAUGCGAGCUAUCUCUAUUUCCAACUGAGUGGUCGGAGCAACAUUUACAGUCCAAUUGGCAGUGAAGAGGUGCAUAAUGAGGAUGCAACGGAAGAGGAGGAAGAAGCUGAGAUUGGCAUGUGGGAGGCCGUUACCUGGCUUGCAGUGCUAACACUGUGGGUGUCAGUCCUUUCUGAAUACCUAGUUAACACUAUUGAGGGAGCAUCUGAUUCAUUGAACCUACCAGUCGCUUUUAUCAGUGUUAUUUUGCUCCCUAUUGUGGGCAAUGCAGCUGAACAUGCUAGUGCAAUAAUGUUCGCCAUGAAAGAUAAACUUGACAUAACACUAGGUGUUGCAAUUGGCUCAUCAACACAGAUAUCAAUGUUUGUGAUUCCAUUUUGUGUUGUUAUUGGUUGGAUGAUGGGGCAAAAGAUGGACUUGAAUUUUCAACUUUUUGAGACAGCAACUCUCUUCAUAACAGUACUUGUGGUGGCAUUUAUGCUACAGGAUGGCACUGCAAACUACUUGAAAGGACUUAUGCUGAUCCUAUGUUAUCUGAUAGUUGCUGCCAGUUUCUUUGUUCAUGUUGAUCCGCAAUCGAGUGAUGGCUGAGGUCACAGAUGCUGUAAGUAAUGUCCAAAUACCUUCGAGGACUUGAUAAUCCUAUUCUGUUGAGGUGCACCACCAUAGCAAUGUUCAGCCUGCCUGAAGCAGCAUUUUGGCACUGGAACAUCACCCAUGGACGGUUCCUUCAUGAACUGCUGAAGGAAUUCUUGGAUUUAUGUGGAUACUGAGGGGUACUAGUGGUAGUCCCAAUGUAUACAAAAACAAGAAAUGUCAGCCUGUUAUAUUCAAUUAAUUGAGUGAAUGUGGCCCUUUUUUCCUGUAUUCCUCGGGUUUAUUUAUUGGGUUGCACAAUGUAUAUUUGGGUAUGAUUGAUGCUGGCAGAAGUUUUCUUCCCCUC